AUGGAUAAGAAAGCUACAAUUGAUGAAAAGAAGAAGAUUGAGGGUCGGAAGAAAGAUGAUGUUAUUAAUAUCGGUUUUGAUGAACUGACAAAUGCACAGUCUGGUUGUGCCGAGAAUGCUGGGCAACCGGCCCGUAAUCACGAGUGGACAUAG